CCGGCUCCAGAGGGCUGAGAGGAGAUUGGGUCUGUCCUACACACAGACACACAAACACACUCUCACACACAACAAAGCCAUCGGGCCGGUCAAUAUGGAGUAUGAGCCUAAGCGAAUCAAGAAGGGUUUUGUGUCACCAAUAAAGCGCCUGGUGUUCUCUAAAUCUAGCCGGCGACAGACAGACAAAGGCAGCGUGUACCGUAGACCCCUGCACACUGUGCCCCUCUACCCACCAGAUUACCUCAUCCAUCCAGAGAGACUCAUCUAUGACUAUGUGGAGAAGGAAGUUAAGUUUCUGGGACACCUGACGUGGGUGUCAUGUUCUCUGAACCCAUCAAGCAGAGACGAACUGCUGCAACUACUGGACACAGCCAGGAAGUUAAGGGUUUUACCUCUGAAGACCAGUAUAGAGCAGGACUGUAUUCUCAGUCUGUCGGCUCGCUGUCUGUUGCUCACCUGGAGAGACAACGAAAAAUUGUUGCUGAGAAUUCCUACACAUGAAAUCGCUGCUGCCUCCUACCUGCGGGACGAUGCAUUGCACCUCCUAGUGCUCAAAACUGGUCUAAAUGUAGACACUGUGCUAGCAGGUGACAGUCUGGAGAACAGGCCUACUGGUCUGGAGAGCCGCAGACAAACCAUAAGCAAUACCGAUCCCAGACCUGCGGGAGGCACUAUGGAGCGCCGGCACACCAUCUGUGGUGUGGACUGGAAACUGUCCUCUCGCCAUGAGCCCAAACAGGGCAGUGUGGGAGGAGGAGGUGGUGGGACUGGAGGUGGAGGAGGCAGUGGUGGCGGUGGCAGCCUGGAGAGGAAACAUGUGAGCGGGAGCUGGGAGCGCAGGCAGGCCCGGAAGCCUUGCGGAGGUAGCUGGGAGAAGCGGACCAUGAGUGGAAGCUGGGAUAGGCGGCCUGUAGGGGGAAGCUGGGAGCGUCGUGGAGGUGGAGUAGUAGGAGGUAGCUGGGAGAAGAGGCACGGAGCUAAACCAGGUGGCAGUUGGGAGAGGAAACACACUCCGGGUGGGAGCUGGGAACGCAGGCAGGCUUGCACAGGGAGCUGGGAAAGGGGGAGGUCUUAUGGCAGCUGGGAGAGAAGAAACCACAACCCUUUAGAACCCAUGCCAUGCCCUGAUGCCUACUGUAACCUGGUCAUACUGGCUGUUGAGAACAGGGAUGCUGCAGAGGAAUACUGCGCCCUCAUUUGUCAAAUGUUUCAGAUCAUCUAUGGACAUCAGACCAUUGAGUGCGUCGACAGGGCGGGAUAUCACUACACCAUGCCCGAUCGCUAUUGGCUGCAAAGAAGUGACAGCUGUCUGAGUGAUAUGACAUACGGCUAUGACACAGACUUCAGCUGCUGUAGUUCAUAUGAUGGCUCUCAGGAGGCUUUUGAGGCAUAUUACAGUGAGAACUACAGUGAGAGCUCAUCUCUCUCCUAUCAUGACUCUUAUAGAAGCCUGGCCUCCACACACAGUGAUCCUGAGCCGACUAAUGCCAGCCUGCAGGAAUACAUGAUCAUAUUGAGAAGUAAGUUGACACCACAGGAGAUUCAGCAGUUUGCUCUGUUCCUGAGAGAAUACAGACUGGGUGCUCCCAUAGAGCAAUUCUGCACAGAUCUGCUGGAGCUCUAUGGAGACUCACGCAAGUUUCUAUUGCUCGGCAUGAGACCCUUUAUUCCCGAUAAGGAUGUAGGAGUCUUCGAGGCAUUCCUGGAGGACAUUGGGAUCCGUGAGGGCGGGAUUUUGACAGACAGUUUUGGGCGAAUCAAACGAAGCAUGAGCAACACUUCUGCCACAGCGGUUCGAGGUUAUGACGGCUGGUCCCUCCCUUCCGGCUCUCAGGACUUCAACCGCAGAAUCGAUGACAUCACACAUGACAUUGAGGCCUUGGGCUUCGAGGAAGGGAAUGGAGACAUAGAAGAAGAAGACUAUUACCUUUAAAACAUAUUAUUUUCUCUUUUAUUAAUCAUAGUUUUAAAGUCAAGCUACUGUAUUUUAUAACUGUUGCACUAUUGAGGUGUUUGAAAACAGGGUUUAGCUUUCAAAUGUUUGGUUACUGUAUCUAUAUAUAUAUUAUGUCUUUGUAUGUCUUUUCCCAAAGAUUAAUGAUUUAUAUGUACAUGCACUUUAUUUGACCACAGAGGUGCUGUUUAUGAUAUAACACAUUUUGCAUCUAAUUUGCAACUGUAUCAUUUGCAUGACGGGUUGGUUAUUUCAUAUUCGGAAUAGAUUCAUUUAGAAGACCGGCACAGUGAGGGAGAGUCAGAAAAUACCAGAAAGAAAAGACAAAAUGCUCAAAUAAAGGUCACCAAUGUAUCAUAUCAAAAACGAGGAAGAUGAUGAUGAAGAGUAUCUGCUGGAGACAUGGGUCACUCUGGUCUGCAGGGAGAAUAGCUCAUACAAAUACAGCUAUGUCAUUCUUUCCACAGGCACUGUCACCUUCACAAUCCAAUGCCCUUCCCCUUGCUGCUCUCUUAUCUGUGCCAGCUGGAGAGAGUUAAUGGGCAUGUGCCCAUUAUUGAGGGUUAUCAAAAUGGCACAUACAUAUGUCAGGCCAUGUAAUAAUACUGUUGUGUAAUACGAUUGACCGCAGAGAAGAACAGGGUGAGAUACAGUUUAGAUAAAGUUUUACACAUCAUCGUUGCUAUAAAUACAACACUGAUUAUUAUUGUUCCUCGUAAACUAAAAUAAAGAGGUGAACUAGGUGUCAUGCAGGGAAAUUGUCUACUGCUCACUAAAAGUAAUGCAGAACGUCAGAAACAUUAGUCAGUGAUGUGUAAUUUUGUAUAGGCUUAUAAUAUUUGUUUUUUUUUUUAGAAUUUUUUGUAUAAUAAACAAAUAAAAAAAUUAACUGAUAUAAUCUUAAAAGUACUAAAGAAUGCAUUGAAAUAAUAUUUUAAAUUGUUCUCUGAUAUCAACAUUUUACAAAACAUUUACGUUUUACAUGUCCAUUUACAAUCCUAGGAUUUGCCUUUAGAAUUAAAUGGUCUAUUAUUACCUUAUUUGAAAUGUCAUGAAUAAUAAUAUUGAGCUCUGCUCUGAUUGGCUGUUUCAUAAAGCAGCUCCUUUCAGUAGCUCUGUGUGUGUGUGUGUGUGUG